ACAUGCAAUUCUUUACGUGAACUUUUCAAACAUUCUGCACUUGUUUUCGUGCUCCAGAUUUCGAUGGGGUUCUUCAAGAAGAAGGCUAAGGAAACCGAUCCAAGUCAGUCGGUAACACUUAAAAAGGAAGUAUCAGUGUUACAAGGUGUCAGCAUUGUUGUUGGUGUAAUUAUUGGAUCUGGGAUUUUUGUCUCACCUGUUGGAGUUUUAACCUAUACCAAGUCCGUUGGACUGUCAUUCAUUUUAUGGACCGUAACUGGGGUAUUUAGCGCACUAGGUGCAAUCGUGUAUGCCGAAUUAGGUGUUACAAUUCCUCGAUCUGGAGGAGAAUAUAUAUACAUCCUCCAGACGUUUGGACCUCUACCUGCCUUCCUUGCUUUUUGGAUCACGUUUGUAGUCAUUGGGUCCGCAAGUUGCGCAGCCAAUGGCCUGAUUUUUGCUGACUAUAUCCUUCGACCAAUAUACAUGAGUUGCACUACUCCCACUUAUGCUGUCCGAAUGGUUGCAGUUUUAGGAAUUUUGACCCUUUGCUUUAUACACUGUUUUAGUGUCAAAUUGGCGACAAAAAUAUCUAUCUUCUUCACUGCUUGUAAAGUGUCAGCUUUACUGCUUAUUAUUGGGUUUGGUUUCUACUACUUAGCCCUAGGUAACACUGAGAGUUUCAAUAACUCAUUUGAGGAUAGUGAAAAAUCACCUGGGGCGCUCGCGUUGGCGUUUUAUCAAGGUUUUUGGGCCUUUUCUGGUUGGAAUUAUCUUAACUUCCUAACUGGAGAGGUUAAAAAUCCUGCAAGGACACUUCCAAUUGUGAUUGUCCUUUCCCUUACGACAGUAACAAUUAUUUAUAUUUUGACAAAUGUGGCCUAUCUGACAGUGCUGUCACCUACAGAAGUUCUUGCUUCAGGAGAAGGAUCUGCUGCUAUAGCUGUGAGUUUCGCAACAAGGUGUAUGGGAGUUUUCGGUCUGGUAAUGCCUGCCCUUGUUGGUGCCUCUGUUUUCGGCAGUAUAAAUGGGGAAGUAUUUUCGAUUUCUCGACUGGCAUUUACUGCUGGUGAAGAAGGACAUAUGCCUGCUAUUCUUUCAAUGGUUAAUAUUGAUCGUUUAACCCCUAUUCCAUCUGUGUUGGCUGUGGUGAUUCUGGCAAUAGUCUUUCAAAUGUUUGAUAAUAUAUUUUAUCUAAUUGAACUUACUGGAUUUGCUUUCUCUGUCAUUUCUGCAAUGGCUGUGUGCAGUUUAUUGCAUAUUCGUCGUACAAAUCCUGGAUUAAAUACAUCAGGAUUCCGAUUACCUAUUUGGGUCCCUGUGUUGUAUCUCAUUGUGGACAUCGCUAUUGGAAUCCUGACAGUCUAUCAAUCACCGAAAACAUCUGCCAUUAGUUUGGGUGUAAUGGCUUUAGGUAUUCCAGUUUACAUUUUAGGCGUAUCAUGGAAGAAAAAGCCAAAAGCAAUGCAGUCUCUAAUAUAUCGUACAACGGUCACAUUACAAAAGACUUUGAAAGUGGUUGAACAAGAAACCGCUCUUGAAGCAGAAGAAGCAGAUGGACAUCUGAAAUCAGUAACGUCAAGUCCAAGUAAUUCAUGGCAGACUUCAAUGUAAGAAAACAAUCGAUUGUCUGUAAGAUUUAUCCAAAGGAUGUGCUGAUUACCAAUACUGCUGAUGUUGUUACAAUUUUAUUCUCCUUUCUUCAAUUCUACAGUUGAAUUCAUCAUUAUACUUUCAUACCUUUUGAUAGUGAAUUAAAAAAUUUCUCUUCAACAUGUAAAUUAACUCGAUGUUUAAAAAACAUUGAAAGUUUUGUUCAAAAAAAUUUGUAUGUGUUAUUACUUGGAAACAGUUUAAAGUAUUUUUAAAAAUCUUUUCUGAUCAUUUCAUACAUUCUUUAUGAUAUGGUUUUGUUUCCUUUUUGGUUUUGCCUUUUAUGCAUCUUGUUCAACUGUACAUGUGUAGCAAGGUUAUAUAAUCGACUCCCGCUAACUUUCUGUCAAUUGAGAUGAUUAAAUAUGAUUCCUCAUUACUGGAUUACAUUGUAGUAAUCUGACCUCUUCAUGUCAUGUUCAUCGAAUUUCUUAUUGUUUAUCAAAUUCCUCACUUUCAAUAGAAAAUCAUGUGUAUGUACAUAUGUUAUACACAGCAAAACGUUUAAUUUUAUAUAUAUAGCUAGAUAAACAUGAAAAUCAUUGUAUUUACAGCAAAAUGUUUGCCUUUUUCAUUUUAUUUAAUGCUUGAUAUAUCGGUGGUUGUGGUGUUCAGAGUGUGG